GAUUAGGAGUUAUUACUAGAUCAAAAAAACGAUGCAAGUACCCAAUUGUGGCUCUCCAAGACUCCAAUCACAAAUCUGAACUUCUGAAGCUCGUCGCGAGCACAGCUCCUUCCUUCCGCAACAUAACCAGACAGCACAGAGAGAAGAUAAAAGGUCUUGAAUUGGUGUUAAUCUUGUGUCGUUUUGAGUUGUUUCAGUAUCAAUGGCCCAAGCCGAACUGACUACAGAGCAGGUUCUUAAGAGGGAUAUCCCAUGGGAGACUUACAUGGCGACAAAGCUGAUCUCAGGAACUGACCUUCAGCUGUUGAGGCGCUAUGAUAAUCGAUCUGAAAGUUACAGGGCACAGUUGUUAGAUGAUGAUGGCCCAGCUUAUGUUCGGGUAUUUGUUAACAUCUUACGGGAUAUAUUUAAGGAAGAAACAGUUGAAUAUGUUCUGGCUUUAGUUGACGAAAUGCUAACAGCUAAUCCAAAAAGAGCUAGACUAUUCCAUGAUAGGUCUCUUGCAAAUGAGGAUACUUAUGAACCUUUCUUAAGAUUGCUUUGGAAAGGUAACUGGUAUGUACAAGAAAAGAGCUGCAAGAUUCUUGCUCUGAUAGUAAGUGCUAGGCCUAAAACUCAUGAUGGCAUUACUGCAAAUGGACAAGCCUCAAAUUCAAAGAGUAAAGUCACUUUCAUUGAUGAUGUGUUAAAAGGAUUGGUUGAAUGGCUUUGUGCUCAGCUGAAGAAGCCUUCACAUCCGAGUCGGGGUGUUCCAACUGCUAUUAGUUGCUUAGCAACAUUACUCAAGGAACCUGUAGUGAGGGCCUCAUUUGUUCAAGCAGAUGGAGUGAAGCUGUUGAUUCCUUUAAUUUCUCCUGCAUCUACCCAGCAAUCUAUCCAGCUUCUCUAUGAAACAUGUCUCUGUGUCUGGCUAUUAUCUUACUAUGAACCAGCAAUUGAAUACUUGGCUACUUCUAGAUCCUUGCCGCGACUAAUAGAGGUUGUAAAGAGUUCCACUAAAGAAAAGGUUGUCAGGGUGAUUGUCUUGACCUUUAGGAACUUGCUUUCCAAAGGUACAUUUGGUGCACAGAUGGUAGACCUUGGUCUACCACAAAUUGUUCAAAGUUUGAAAGCUCAAGCAUGGAGUGAUGAGGACUUGUUGGAGGCGCUGAACCAACUGGAAGAUGGCCUGAAGGAUAACAUUAAGAAACUGAGUUCUUUCGACAAGUAUAAGCAAGAAGUCCUCCUUGGGCAUCUUGACUGGUCCCCUAUGCACAAAGAUCCUGUAUUCUGGCGUGAAAAUAUUAACAAUUUUGAAGAGAAUGAUUUCCAGAUUCUGAGGGUCCUUAUUACAAUUUUGGACACAUCUAAUGACCCAAGAGCUUUAGCUGUUGCUUGCUUUGAUCUCUCCCAAUUUAUUCAGCACCACCCUGCUGGGCGGAUUAUAGUGACAGACCUCAAGGCCAAAGAACGGGUAAUGAAACUGAUGAACCAUGAAAAUGCUGAAGUUACCAAAAAUGCCCUCCUCUGCAUUCAAAGGCUUUUCCUAGGGGCAAAAUAUGCCAGCUUUUUGCAGGCAUGAUUCAACGGUGCAGUGCGCAAUAAUAGUGUAAUGGUUUUACACCAUCUGCUGUGGUACUGCUUAAAAUGAAGGGACCCUGAAGUCAGCUUCUUAGUUUGUUAUAAUUGAUAAGAUCUCUUCUUUACCAGAUUUUCAGUUAUAUGCAAACUUAAAUAAUAGGUCUGUUUUACCCGAAUGCGGAUUAUCAUUUACAGUUUCUGAGGUAUUUAUUUAUUUAUUAUUUUCCUUUUCGGGUGUAUAUACAAUUGGAUAGUUCCUUGGUGCAAUAAUGCCAUCAUGAGAAUGUUUGGAGUUAAA